GCUCUGCGUAAGAACGCGAGUUCUUUGUUAAAUUUCAUUAACCUCUAGCUGGUACCGCUUAAGUGCUCAAAGACAUUCACUCCGGUGACAUUUUCGUGAUAAACUGUUUAUUUCUACUUUGGGGUCGUUUAGUGUUUAUUUUGGUUAAGUGACUGCUUUUGGGACCUUGGUGAUAGUGGUAUUACAUAGUGCGAUAAGUGGUGCUUCCUCCAGUUUUGCUGUAGAAAGGAGGUAUCAAUUAUGUACGUCAUCUAACAACCUCCUCUCCAUUCCACAAUGUUCCAUUCUGCUUCAAACGCAGGUGGAUACAGCGACGCCAACGCCAGUUUUCAUCAACAUCUUCAACAGUCCCCAGUAUACGUCCCAAGCAACCGAGCCAUGCCCCAGUACACGUCCCCGGCGAGCAGCCACUUCGGAGCAGCUCACCAAGGUGGAUGGCACACCGGUAGCGGUUAUGGUGAAAUGACUGCUCCAACUCCCCAUGGACUAGGAACGUCGCCUCACCAUGCUGGCGCUCUAGCUGGACAGUUUUAUGCCCAGAAUAUGAUGAUGGGUGGAUGGAGACCUUAUGAUAGUACCGGCUUUCAACGGACUAGUCCGUAUGGAAUGGAAUAUGAUGCUGGAAUGGAUUUUCAAUUUGGAGAGGGACGUGAAUGUGUUAAUUGUGGAGCCAUAUCUACACCUCUGUGGAGGAGAGAUGGAACUGGACACUACCUUUGUAACGCUUGUGGAUUAUAUCAUAAAAUGAAUGGAAUGAAUAGACCGUUAAUAAAACCAUCAAAACGAUUGACUGCGACCAGAAGAUUGGGCCUUUGCUGUACGAAUUGCGGCACAAGAACGACGACACUCUGGCGACGGAAUAACGACGGAGAACCAGUUUGCAACGCCUGCGGCCUCUACUUCAAACUCCACGGCGUGAACCGACCUUUAGCCAUGAGGAAAGACGGCAUCCAAACCCGCAAGCGCAAACCCAAAAAACCGGCGGGCGGAGACCGGGACGACAGCAGUUCCGCCUCCGCAGAAGAGCCAAAAACACCAAUCGUCCAUCAACCCAGCCAACAACACACCAACCAAAACCAACAGUCUUCCGUCCAACCACAUCAGACUUCUUCGGAAAAAUCAUCCCCAUCUGUUGAUCGACCGUACCUUGGACAGACGUCUUUGUUGCCAGCGACAAGUACAAGUGCAAUUAAAAGUGAACCCGGGUAUGAUUACAGUAGCUGUGUUCAGAACCAACCUGCGUACUCUUAUCAACAGAUCUUCGGAUUUCCAGGUGGUACUGGCAAUAACGAAGUGGCGUACCACCAUCAACACCACGUUACGGCAGCGGCCAAGCUUAUGGCAUCUUCGUAGAUCUAGUCCAAUUAACUCUUUGUGAAUGUUAAAUUACUUCUUGUAUCGAUCUUGCCUUACAAAAGACAAGGAACUUUUACCUUGCAUACAUAUUUACUAAUUCAGGUUUUUGAAUACUAUUUGUUCUGUUUAAACUAACUUAUAUCUGGAAAAGCUACUCUGGUAUUUUAGUCCACAUACAUGGUGUAACAAAAAGGCAGGUCAUAAAUUAAAUCACCUAUUCUGGGACCAAAAAUAGUUCGAUUGAACCUAACUCAGGGCCCCCGCGAGGCUGAGCUGCGCCCGCGUGCUGGAUAUAUUUUGGCGCUCUUUAAAUCCACCUAUAUCCAAUUAUGAAAUAAAUCUAUGUAUAAUUUUUAAUUUUUUACUCGUAAUAAAACAACAGAGAUUGCAAGAACUCAAAUUUUAUUUUUCUUAUAACUAAUUUACUGAUAAUGGCAAAAAACAAAUAAAACGUUAAUAUUUAUAUGAGUUAAGGGCGUAGGCGUAAAAUUUCGGGCCAUUGUGUUCUAUAUGCAUUCAUUUUUUUUUCGAAUCCUGAGAAAACUAAUUAGUAUUUUUGAAAAAUUUAAACGCAGAAUGAAAGAUUACAUUAUUACCAAGGGCCGAAAGUCCCUUAAAAUCACCAAAAAGUUUUUUUGAAUUAGAUAUUUGAAAUUAAAAAUUACACUAAAUUUUCUGUUUUUUUUUUCACUCCUGUAAUUAAAAUAAACAUUAUAGAAGUUUUCAGGGACUUUCGGCCCUCGGUAAUAAUGCAAUCUUUCAUUCUGCGUAGAGAUGCAUCAAGUCAAACUAGUUUGAUUUUACUCAACAAACUUGACUUGACUUGAAAAUCAAACUUUUUGUAUAAAAAAGUUUGACUUGACUUGAUUUCGAUAUCUUUAGGUUUGACUUGAAUUCAAACAUCUUCAAACAGUUUGAAA